AUGUUCGCUUUUUCGACAACUACCGCCGGUCGGGAAGGAGGUAUCGCUAAUCCAAAUUAUCAACCCGGCAAUGUUUAUUAUACAUCACCAGGACAAUUUCAACAUUUGCAAGGACAAGUCAAUGACGUGACGGAAAUCAUGAGAAAUAACGUUCGAUUAGGAUUGGAACGUGGUGCAAAUCUUGAUGAUCUGGAAAUUAAAGCAGAGGAUUUGAGUAACAGUUCCAAUCAAUUUGCCAACAAUGCACACCGAGUUCGACAAAAGUUCUGGUGGCAAAAUGUGCAGAUGUGGAUUCUCAUUGGUGUAAUCGUUAUUGUUCUUAUUGUUAUCAUCGUUGUGCUUUCUGUCCUUGCCGCACAGAAGAAAAUUUAA